AAAAGUCAAAACUUUUUUGCCGGCCAGAAUAUUCCAUUAGUUAGUGUUGACUGUUGACUUCAAUCUAUUGAUUAAAGACUUUUUCUUUUGCAAAAAUUUUUCAUUUUGUUGUACGCUGUCCUCCAAUUUCUUCACCAUCUCGUUCCUCAUCUUCGAGCCUCCAAAGUCAACUUAGUUACAGAAUGUGGUUCAAAGGCCUUAAUUUGCUGAUCUCUAAGACCCGUUUGCUCAAUUUUACGAAUUGAAGUUAGCCUUGCUAGUUGGAUAUUUCGAAUUUCCGCAUACAGGUACGGAUCUGUACAUUCUUUCUGGGCUUGUAUUUAAAGCAGUUUUUUACAUUCUUUUCAUUUUUUGUUUUUUUUGGUAAAUUAUACUAUGUUAUUAAGAGAGUUUGAAUUCAGCAUGAAGAUCGAAAUACGUAUUGAUUAUACAUACUGUUUUGACAAGAUCCAAUAUGUUUUGUUUUCUGGGCUUAUAGAUAUUUUUUAGAACCGUGAUCAAGAAUGUCCUCGAUGACAUAUGACUGAUGAAUGAAAACUUUGUUAUUUUCUGCUUGUGAGUUUGUUGAUUGAUUAAUCACUGAUCAAAGAAUUAUGAGUCAAUUAACAAUUUGACCAUUAAUUCUUAUGCAUAAUCCCAUUUAUGGUAGGAUAGUUCGGCUUCUUCGCAUGAUUUUUUUUUUUUUCCAAGUCUUCAAGGUUCUGAAAGUAACAUUGACAUACUCGUAUAAUCAUUUUCUGCUGGGAAAAAGAGAUAAAGGAUGAGCGCGGGCGUUGUUUCUUCCGUGUUAAAUCAGAUCGCAACUUUGGUUGUCGCUGAGGCAAACUUGUUAGGAGGGCUUCAACAAGAGAUCCAGGGCGUUGUUGAUGAACUUGAGCAUAUGAAAGCUUUCUUAAUGUUUGCAGAAGACAGAGAAGAAGAGGAUCCUAGUCUACAAGUAUGGAUUUCACAAGUGCGGGAUGUUGCUUAUGAUAUUGAAGAUGUUGUGGGUGAAUUUCUGUGGCGUUUCAAUCAUAAUUAUGGUCAUGGUUUUAAUGGACAUGUUCACAAGAUCUUCGUGUUAAUGAAGAAUUUGCGAGCACGCCGUCGAAUUGCUCAAGAGAUACAACUCAUCAAGUCAAGAAUUACAAGUAUCUCUGCGAGUCAUGAGAGAUACCAAUCGAAAUAUGAUAUCUCUAACCAAGCCUCGACUUCUUCUUUAUUGGACAGGAACAACUCAUGGAACUAUUACAGGGAUGCAGCCCUUUUUGUAGAAGCAGAAAAGCUGGUAGGUAUCGAUCGCCCGAAGCAGCAACUCAUUUAUCAACUCCUUGAUGGUGAUUCUCAAUUUAAAGUUGUUUCAGUUCUUGGUAUGGGAGGGAUCGGGAAAACUACAUUGGUGAAAAAAGUCCAUGAAGAUGUGGAAAUCAAAAAAGCAUUCCAAAUCCUUGCCUGGGUGACCGUCUCCGAAACCUGGGAUACAAUGGAAGUGCUCAAGGACUUGAUCAAACAGUUAUACAAGGAGAUUAAAAUAUCAGUACAAGCUGGAUUGGACUCAUCAGUUACAAGCACCCGGGAACUGAAAGCGCAUGUGAAAGAAUUUCUCAAGGGGAAAAGAUAUCUCAUCGUAUUUGAUGACGUAUGGGAUUCACAAUUCUGGGAAAGUUUCAAAUUUGUGUUGCCUGAAGGUAGCUGCGGCAAUCGUGUGAUCCUCACAACGCGAAAUGCAAAUGUAGGUAACGCCUCUAGUGGUGAAUUUCAAUGCCAUGUCCACGAAAUGGAGGUAUUAUCUUUGGCAGAUUCUUGGACUCUCUUUUGCAAGAAAACCUUCAAAGGUGAUUGUUGUCCAACCCAUCUGGAAAGUAUUGCUGAAAGAAUACUUAAAAAGUGUGGAGGAUUACCACUGGCAAUAGUCGCAAUUGGAGGAUUGUUGGCUUCAAAGGACAAAAGCAAAAUAAACGAGUGGGAGAUGGUUGAACGAAAUCUUGAUGAUGAACUAGGGGUAAGUGGCAAUUUGAAUCCAGUUACAAAAAUACUGUCGCUUAGUUACAUUGGGCUUCCGCACCAUCUAAAAACUUGUUUAUUAUAUGCAAGUAUUUUUCCAGAGGAUUACAGAAUAGCCAAAAGGAGAUUGAUUCGAUUAUGGAUUGCGGAAGGACUUGUGCUAGAGAAAGCGGGGAUGAGUAACUACGAGAUAGCUCAAGCUUAUCUUGAUGAGCUUACAAAUAGAAGUUUAAUUCAGGUGGCUCAGUCUCACCCAUGUUUUAGGUUAUAUCAUAUUCAUGACAUUCUACGAGAAAUUGUUCUUUCGAAAUCAAGUAGACAAAACUUUGCAACCAUAGUCACAGAAGCACAAAAUAAGUUCUCUGCGAAGGUUAGGCGCUUGGCGAUCCAUGAUUUGAAAUCCAAUACCAAGUCCUACAUGCGUUUCAAGUGUCUGCGAUCUUUGGUAAUAUUCAAUGCCGACAAACCCUUGCCAAAAUACUUAUCUGGGCUGUUAGCUGGUGGUUCAAAGCUAUUGAAAGUAUUAGAUUUGGAAGGCACACAAUUAGAUGAGAUCCCAGAAGAAGUUUUCAAGUUACUUCAUCUCAAAACUCUAAAUCUUAGUCGCACAAGGGUACGGGUCAUUUCCAAGUCCAUUGGGUCUCUUAAGAAUCUGGAAUACUUGGACCUACGGUACACGGAAGUGAGUGAGUUACCGGAGGAAAUAUUAAACCUUGAAGGUCUUGUUCAUCUUACAGCUAACAAUCAUAGUGCCCAAAAUUCGUAUUUUUUUGGUGGAUUCAGAGGUCCAAAUAUUACUUCGAAACUUAUCUCUCUAGAGUGGUUAUAUGACGUUAAAGCCAAUGAAAUAUUAAUUAAGGAGAUUGGAGACCUUAAGCAAUUGAGGAGGCUUGGCAUUGCUAGCCUAAGAAGAGAACAUGGAAAACAACUCUGCUCCUCUCUAGGAAAACUCUUCAAUCUCGAGCAUUUGUAUCUUUAUACUGUAAAGGAUGAUGAGGUACUUGAUUUGGAAGAUUUGAAUGGUUCAUUGUGUUCAAAUCUUUGUAGCUUGCACGUGUUACGUUUGUGGGGGCGCUUGGGAAAGGUGCCGGAAGUAUUUUCUUCACUACAUGAGUUGACCUUAGUGCAUUUGCGUUGGAGCGGAAUCAUGGACAAUCCACUCGAAUCGCUUCAAUACUUACCAAAUCUGCUAUUACUUAUGUUGGAAGAAGCUUUUGAAGGGGAAAGCUUGUGUUUCAAAGCUGGAUGUUUCUUGAAACUUGGGAGGUUAGGCCUUUACAAUGUACAGAAUUUGAGAUGGUUGAGAAUGGAGGAAGGUGCUAUGCCUAACCUUAGAGAGCUGGAGUUGAGAUCUGUUAAGUUACUAGAGGAAUUCCCUUGGGAGGUCCAACACUUGACCAAACUUGAAGUUCUAUAUUUGGAAGAUAUCAGCCAGACAGCAAUUGACCAACUACACAAUCAUGAUCAAGGAAGUGGAGAGUGCAACAAAAUUAGCCACAUCCACAAGAUUUUGACUUUGGAGACAAGGGAUGGAAGGCGCAAUCCAAGAUCCGGAAAGCAAUUGACCAGCUACACAAUCAGGAUGCAAGAGCAGCAGGUGGCUGAUGAGCCCAGCAUUUUUGUGUGUAAGCAUUGAACCACUGAAAGUCACAUGCCAAAAAAGCUCAAUAAAAAUAUAAAAUUCCUUGAUGGCCUUAUGAUAAACAGCACCGGCAGAAGUUUGCUUCAAGUUUCAUUUUUCAUUUUUCCCUUGUUUAAAAUGAAGAAUUUUCCAAUAAACACGCCAUCUUAAUUUGGAUUUAACUUUCCAAUUCACUUUUUCCCAUUGUAAUAUUUUCCUUACUGUAAUGAAGAAUUUGUGACCAUCGGCGGUUUUAUUCUUCUUUUCUUUUGUAAAAACCUACUCCUGUCGGGCCACAUUUGCAAGUCGAAAAAUCCUAAAUGGAAAGUGAUCCAUGUUUCUCCAACUUAAAGGUACACUAAAUAUUUUUACCACUAAACCACUUUUCCCAUCACUCUAGAGGAGUCACACUUUUAUGUAAAGGGACAUGAUUUUUGUCUUCUGCAAUUCAGAUGAGAAAGAAAAGUUUAUCCUGGAAUUGGGGCUUAUCGAGGUUCGCCUUCUCGUGGCAUAAUUGGUGUAUAUUGGUUCAAUUGGAAAACUCCAAUUCAAAUGAAUGUUAGUGAGAAUUCUCUGUCCAGGCCAAACACUUGGUGGCUGUUCCUGCAAAUCGCAUCAAUAAAUGGCAUAGUGUGAAACAAUGUUGGCUAGUUUGAUUUCUGACGCAUUUUGAAAGUGAUUUUGGUUUAUUCAUUACAUAAAUCAAUGUCUUCAAAACUCCUCGAUCACCUUGUACAUGAUGCAUUUGUUAUCUGAUAUAAAAGAUGGACUUGUCUCUUCUCUUAUUUUAUAGUUCGAACAACAUAAACCAUCCACUCAAGAGUUCUUAGAACUGAUAUUUUAUGAUAAAUUGAGCUAUUUAUUAC